AUGGAUACAGUGGCAAAAGCCUUGGAAGAGGUUCUCUCAUCGGCAUUACCCCAAGGAUGCAUAACAGUAGGGGUCUAUGAAGCAGCAAAGUCAUUGAAUGUGUAAGUAGGCUACGCUUCUUUAAAACUGUAAUGAUGUAGUUGUUGUCUAUGCAUGCCUGUUUAGAAUGUCUGCAAUUCAUGUGCUAUUACUGUGUUACUAACCAAAGGUCUGUUACUUUCUUCACCAGAGAUCCAGAUAAUGUGGUUCUGUGCAUCCUGGCAACGGAUGACGAGGAUGUAAAGGACGUGGCCCUUCAGAUCCACUUCACCCUUAUCCAGGCAUUCUGCUGUGAGAAUGACAUCAACAUCCUGCGAGUGAACAACACCAGGCGUCUGGCAGAGAUACUUGGCGGGGGAGGGAAACAAGGGGGAGAGCCCAUGGACCUGCACUGUGUCCUGGUCACUGUAAGUAUCCAUUUCCACUCAUAUACACUAAAAUAUGUUAAAUGUAGACUUCAAAGUGACUUUAAAACAGACCAGGGUGCUAAAAAUGGCUCCAAAGUUAUUUUAGUUUACUGAUGCACUUGAGACACUCAUGCUCUGAACUUGCCAGAACAUGUCCACACCCAGUAAUUACUCACUCCUUGUGUCCUGUAGCGCACCACAUAGUCUUGCCAUCUAGACUUGCCACUUGUGGAAUUUUCAUUUAGGCAAAUAACUUAAUUGCUCGUAGUCGUGAAACCCCUUUGGUUUCUAUCUAUUCUAUUGUCAUAUUAGGCCUAUAGGCCUACAAGUCAUAAAAUCAGGCAUUAGGAUCCUUGUGCAACUAUUGACUCAUACUCUCUUUUUCUCUUGUCUUUGCAGAGCCCACACUCCUCGUCCUGGAAAGACCCGGCCCUGAGCAAAGUUAACCGCUUCUGCAGGGAGAGCCGUUGCAUGGACCAGUGGGUGCCCAUCAUCAACCUCCCAGAGCGCUGA